AUGGGAGAGACAGAUGUACAAAAAUUCUACAAUGGCGCUACUGUAUUCCUCACGGGUGGCACUGGUUUUCUGGGAAAAAUGCUCAUAGAAAAACUUUUGAGAAGCACGGAUGUUAAAAUAAUAUACAUCUUAAUUAGGGAAAAAAAAGGAAAAAAUGUUGACAGUAGAGUUGAAGGGAUAUUUGAGGAUGUGAUGUUUGAUGUUUUAAAAAAGAAACUUCCCAAAUUUAGACAAAAAAUCUGGCCUAUUGCUGGCGAUUGCUCAAUUAGCGGACUAGGUAUAACAUUGGAAGAUAGAAAAAAGAUUAUUUCCACAACCAACAUAGUUUUUCAUCUAGCGGCAACAGUUAAACUUGAUGAAAACCUAAAACAAGCAUUCUAUAUUAACGUUAAUGGAACCAACGAAAUAGUGCUUUUAAGCAAACAAAUGAAGGAUCUAAAGAGUGUAAUAUAUGUCUCCACUGCCUAUUCCAACUGCCACCUAAAGGCAAUAGAUGAAAAAUUCUACGAUCAUCCAAAUGACUACGAGGAAUUUGGAGUUUUUUUGGAAAAACUCAAUGAUAAGGAGACUGAGAUUAUUACACCACGGAUAUUACAAAAAUGGCCUAACACUUAUUCCUUUACCAAGGCAAUGGCUGAAUCACUUAUUAAAAAAACAGGACAUGGUCUACCUAUAGGAAUAUUUAGGCCAUCUAUAGUGAUUUCUACGUAUAAAGAACCGAUUUCGGGUUGGAUUGACAACAUGUACGGCCCAACCGGGGCGAUGGCACAAAUACAAUUUGGCUUAUUAAGAACCUUAAAGGUUAAUGAUUCUAUGCUAGCCGAUUUAAUACCUGUUGAUACAUGUGUAGCUGGCCUAAUUGCGGCAGCAUGGGACGUAGGUACCGAAAAAACAGAAAGAACGUCAAAAAACAUUUCAAUAUACAAUUACGUGUCAUCAGUAGAAAACCCAAUUACGUGGAAGGAUUUUUAUUUUAUUUGCCGGUUACAUGGUCUUCAAUACCCAUUAUUAAAAACACUUUGGAUUCCAUACAUGAUUAACACAAAUUCCGAAAUUUUGUAUAAGAUAUACACGUUCUUGUUCCACCUUUUACCAGCUUUGCCCGUGGAUUUGUUUGCUAUUAUUACAGGAAAUAAACCCAGGUUAUUAAAGACCUAUAGAAAAAUCCACAAAUUUAUUGACGCAACUGACUUUUUCCGUCGAAGAGAGUGGACUUUUUCCAACGAAAAAACCAAACAAUUAUACGCAAAAUUGUCACCAGAAGAUAAAGCGUUAUUUCCUUUAAACAUUGAGCAAGUAAAUUGGUUUAUUUUUCUAAAUGAUUACAUGAAGGGUGUACGGAAAUAUCUUCUGAAAGAUUUCGAUAAUACAUUAAAAGAUGCAUUAACCAGAGCCAAUAGAUUAUACUGGAUUGAUGCCAUAGUUAGAAAAGUUAUACUGGGUGCUUUUAUAAUAUUUGCAUGGAAUUUAAUUUUAAAAAUGUUUUCUUAUUAA